CCUCAGUCGGGCUCACACUAUCACCACAGUUGAGCGCUAUUCUAACAAAAUGCAUAAGUCAGUGUUUAAAAUAAGAAAACGACAGUUAGUUUCUAUAAAUCUUCAAAAACGUAAUGAGAAUUCUUCCCGUGUUGGUGGUGGGUUGGACCCGAAGCUAAAUACGACGUGUAUGAGUUUCAAUGAAAUACCCGGACCCAAAAGCUAUCGUUUUGUGGGUAGUUUACACAAAUAUUUACCUGUCAUCGGGGACUACAGUGCAGAAGCGCUCGACAAGAAUGCGUGGUUGAACUGGCGGCGCUACGGCCCCCUCACCCGGGAGAGUCUCCAACCAGACCUGCAUCUGCUGCAUGUGGUGGACCCCCAGGACAUCGAGACUGUGUUCCGGCUCGAAGACAAGCUGCCUGAGAGACGCAGUCAUGUGGCCAUGAAGCAUUACAGGCUCAGCAAGCCAGCGGUCUAUAAUACUGGCGGGUUGCUUUCUACCAAUGGCACCGAGUGGUGGAGACUACGAAGCACGUUUCAAAAGAACUUCACGAGCCCCAAGAGUGUUAAAUCUCACAUCAGCACCACAGACGAGAUCGCACGACAAUUCGUCAAAUGGAUAAGAUGCCACAAUACAAACCCAUCACCAGAUUUCUUGCCAUUUUUGAACAGGUUCAACUUAGAAGUGAUCGGAGUAGUAGCGUUCAACGAGCGGUUCAACUGUUUCUCUGCUGAGGAGCAGUUGGAGGCUUCCUGCAGCAGCAGGAUCAUAGCUGCGGCCUUCGGCUCCAACAGUGGCAUCGUCAAACUUGACAAGGGCUUUCUGUGGAAGCUGGUCAAAACACCGCUGUACGCUCGACUUAUGUCCUCUCAGGAGUGUUUGGAAAAAAUAGCAGAAAAAAUAUUGUUGAAAAAUGUAACGUUCUUCGAAAAGGAGUCUACCGAUGCAUCCAACGUGUCACUGCUGCAAUCGUUCCUGCGACUGCCGAGUGUGGACCUGAAAGACAUCACCGGGAUGAUGGUGGACAUCCUCAUGGCUUCCAUUGAUACGACCGCCUAUUCAACCAGCUUCAUCCUCUACCACAUGGCACGCAAUCCUGGCUGUCAAGAAACACUAUACAAGGAGGUCAGCAACCUCCUUCCCAGCAAAGAGUCUGUAAUCACAAACGAGGUUCUGACGCAGGCGGUGUAUGCUAGGAGCUGUAUCAAAGAGGCUUUGAGGCUCAACCCAGUGUCUAUCGGAGUCGGAAGGGUGCUGCAAAAGGAUAUCGCGUUGAGAGGAUAUUUGGUGCCUAAAGGGACCGUCAUAGUAACUCAAAACAUGCUGGCAUGUCGCCUCCCGCAAUUCGUGAAGGAUCCCCUGCGCUUCAAGCCGGAGCGAUGGAUGAAGAACUCAGAGCAUCAUGAGGCUCUGCAUCCUUUUCUCAGUCUGCCAUUUGGCUUCGGACCUCGCUCCUGCAUUGCUAGGAGACUGGCUGAACAGACUAUGGCGAUAGCACUGAUUCGUAUUGUUCGCGAGUUCAAAUUAAGCUGGAGCGGUGGAGAAAUGGGGAUCAAGACUCACCUCAUCAAUAAACCUGAUCAACCAGUGCGGUUAUCACUCGAGCCAAGACUUUAGUGCAUUAUGUAUCAUACAUAAUUAUGUUACUUGUAAAUCCAUAGAUUUUUAUUUAUUUCGAAAUCAAUCGCGUAUUGUCCAUUACUUUCCCUAUUUUAGUUGUAAAAUGGGACAAAGUAUAUUUUUAAUUAUUAUCGUAAUAAUUUAAUAUGUAUCUAAUGCUUAUCAUUUAAUAAUGUUACCUACCUAUGUAUAAAUAAAAAACAUUGUAUACAAA